UCUAUUUUAAUUGUUUUAACUUCAUUUCCUUAGUCUAUUUUUCAGCAUUUUGAGCCAGGCGAUUUGAAAGGACUCCUGGAUUUACCAUAGAGGGAGGAGUUCGGGGGCUUGAUCUCUCUUUCCGGCCGACUCACCAUCUUGUGUGUAACACAGGUAAACCGGCACCAUGACCAACACCAGAGGCAAGAGAAGGGGCACACGGUACAUGUUUGCCCGACCCUUCCGUAAGCAUGGCCCUGUUCCCCUGUCUACUUACAUGCGUAUCUUCAGGAAAGGAGAUAUUGUCGACAUUAAGGGAACAGGAACCAUCCAAAAAGGAAUGCCUCACAAAUGCUACCAUGGCAAGACUGGGCGUGUGUACAAUGUUACCCAGCAUGCCCUGGGCAUCAUUGUCAACAAACAGGUCAAAGGCAAGAUCCUGGCCAAGAGAAUCAAUGUGCGCAUUGAGCACAUCAAGCACUCAAAGAGCCGGGACAGUUUCCUGCAGCGUGUCAAGGAGAAUGAGAAGAGGAAGAUUGAGGCCAAGCAGGCAGGCACCUGGGUGGAGCUGAAACGUCAGCCUGCUGCCCCCCGCCCCGCCCACUUUGUCAGCUCCAAGAACAACGAACCCCAGCUGCUCGAGCCAAUCCCAUACGAGUUCAUGGCUUAAUAUAAACCAAUAAAGUCCUUUCACUCACA